UGGUUCUGGUUUUACAGCCUUUAACGGAUCCGGAUCUUUCCACCUCAGUUCUAAAGAACAUUUAAACUCUCCUGACGUAAAGGUGCGAAGUCACGUGAUUUGCCGACAGCAGGUGAGACCCCUGCAGGUUUCCGUGUGUCUGAUCCUCGCGCCGUUGGAUCGUUGCGCAACAACGUUCACAAGCUUCGUCACUUCGGGAAUUAUCGGCAUGACUCCUCCGCGGUGACUCGGUAAAGUUGCACUGAUCCUCCGUCAAUGGAAAACCCCGCAGGAGACAGUGCGGAUAAAAAGACCAAACUACCGCAAAUGGAAGCUGAAGAUUUUCACGAGUUUCCCUGCGGACAGACACCGAGACAGAGAGACACACAGCCGCCCUGAACAUGAACACCCUGACAGCCGUUGCUCUGCUGCACUGCUUCCUGUUUGCAGUUCUGGUUCGAUCUGCUCCCGUUGGCCCGGCGUCUGAACCUCCCGCGGCGUUCAAGGAGGCGGCCGAGCGAGCGAAGACGCUGGUGGAGAAAAUCCUGAGAGACCUCCCCGCCGUGCACGCUGCCACUGUCACCACAGAGGGUUUGACCCUUGACCCCUCCACAGAGACCACAAACCUGCAGCUAAUGGUGACCUCACUGGGCAUCCCUGCUGCCCCGGUCCUCAAACCGCUGUCCGAGCGCUUCACACUGGACAUGUGUGUGAGUCGUAUGAUGGCAGGCGGUCAGUUGUACCAGGGGCUGCUGGGAGUUUUGUCUGAGCGCCUGAGCGGACUGAAGGACCUGCGAGCAGACCUCAGAGACCUGCUGACACACAUCAAUAAGAUGAAGGUGGCGGCUCAGGUCAGCAGCGACAGUCCGGAUCAGAAUCAGAGGCUUGAUCUGGCCUCCCGUCUCCACGGCAACUACGAGGUCCAGGUAGGGGUUCACCUGACGCUGACGCAGCUCCGCUCCUUCUGUCACGACCUGAUCCGCAGCCUAAGAGCCAUCGCCACCUACAGGCCCCGCUCUGCAGGUACACGCUAAGCCACGCCCACGGGAAAAAUAACAG